AUGGCUUCUAUACCUAUGAACUUCUUACCCUUUUCUGAUUUAGAUGAUGAGAGCUUCUUAUUGACUCUUUAUGAAUUUCAAAAUGGGUCUAUUAGUUAUAAUCAAGAUAGAUUAGGUACAUUAUUUUUUAAUCCUUUAUUAUUAAAUACAAGACACCAUCUUGCUUUAAACAGUAACUUGGACCCAGAUGAAAAUUUUCUCGGUGAGCUGAAUAAUACACCUUGUGAAUAUUAUGUCGAGGAUCAGUUUAAUGAAAUGUUUAGAAAUGAAUGCAAACAUGGUAAUGUGAGCCUUUCAACUUUACAUUUAAAUAUUCGUAGUAUCUCUCAAAAUAAGUCAUGCUUUACUGAUUGGUUAUGUGGCUUAGAUAUCAAAUUUUCCGUUAUUGGUAUUACUGAGACGUGGAUAAAAGAAGCAGACAAUCUGGCAGGCAUUGACGGUUACAAUUUUAUUCAUAAUCAUAGAAGAAAUAGAACUGGUGGCGGUGUGGGAAUUUAUAUAUCAAACGAAUUGCAUAUUAAAAGCCGCAAUGAUUUGAAUUUUUCAGAUUCAAAUUCAAUAGAAACAUUGUUUAUUGAAGUGAUUAAAUCUCGAGGGAAGAAUAUUAUUAUCGGAGUUAUUUAUAGGCCACCUGAUCAAAAUCUUGAUACUUUUGUUCAUUAUUUUGAUACUAUUGCUGAAAAAAUUUCGAGAGAAAAUAAACUUGUUAUAUUAUGGGAGAUUUUAACAUUAAUUUCAUGAAUUAUCAAUGUCACAAUAAAACAGGCGAGUUUGUGGAUAGCAUUUUUUCUAACAUGUUAUAUCCACGUAUUACUCGUCCAACCAGAAUUACAGCGCACACCGCCACAUUAAUUGAUAAUAUACUUUCAAAUAAUUUGGAAUGUAAUACAAAAAAUGGACUUUUUUUUCAGACAUAUCUGACCAUCUUCCAAUCUUCUCUAUAGUAUUCGAAAAUAAAAAUAAUCAAGUCAAAGACGAUACUGUAACUUAUCGAGAUAAAAGCUCAAAUAAUAUUGAAAAAUUUCAGGAACUUUUAGCGAAUUUGAACUGGUCCUCGAUAGAAGAUUCGGGUGAUCCAGCACACGCGUACAUGAUAUUUCACAAAAUGUAUUCAAAUAUUUAUAACGAUUGUUUUCCAGUAAAAACAAUAAAAAGAAAAUCCAAAUUUUAUAAGCCUUGGAUUUCUAAAGGUAUUUUGAAGUCCAUAAAGAGGAAAAAUAAGCUUUACAAAUCUUUUUUACAAAACCGAAAUCCUAUAGCCGAGAGUAAAUAUAAGGUCUACAAAAAUAAAUUAACACAUUCAAUUAGAAUUGCUAAACGUAUUUAUUUUGAUAUGAAACUGAAUGAAAAUAAAUCAAAUAUGAAAGCAACAUGGAAAAUAUUGAAUAGUAUUAUAAAUAGAAAAAAUACGAAAUCAAAGAUUAAUUCUAUUUUUAAACUGGAUGGAAGAGUAACGUCGGAUGCAUUUGAGAUUUCCAAUCAAUUUUGCAAUUACUUUAGUAAUAUAGGACCCUCGCUAGCUAGGAAAAUUCCAACAUCGCUAGUUCCUGUUAAGUCAUUUUUGUCUGGGCAAUUUUCGAAUACUGUUUUUCUUCAACCGGUGUCAGAAAAUGAAAUAAAAAAUAUAACUAAAGCUUUCUCAUCCGAAAAAGCUGCCGGAUAUGACAAUAUUUCAAUGUCCAUUGUCAAAUUAACUAUCAAUUAUAUUUCAAGACCUUUAACACAUAUUGUAAAUUUAUCUUUGUCGCAAGGUUUUGUUCCAGAUGAAAUGAAAAUAGCUCGAGUCAUUCCUUUGUAUAAGUCUGAGGAUAAAUCCUUUGUUAAAAAUAUAGACCAAUUUCCAUUUUACCUGUGUUUUCAAAAAUACUGGAAAAAGUAUUUUACAACCGAAUACUAAACUAUUUGAAUAAAAAUGAAAUUCUAUAUGCAAAUCAGUAUGGUUUUAGAAAGGGUCAUUCAACUGCAUCAGCCCUUCUUGAUUUAUACGACAAAAUAUCUGAGGCAAUUGAUAAAAAGGAAGUCGCUGUUGGAGUUUUCUUAGAUCUGUCUAAGGCCUUUGACACGGUGAACCAUAACAUUCUUUUUGAAAAAUUGGAGUAUUAUGGUGUACGUGGCAUAGCGCUGAGUUGGAUAAAAAGCUAUUUUUCUAAUCGGAAACAAUUUGUUCAGUUUAAUAAUUCAUUUUCUACCUCAAAGAAUAUAACCUGUGGAGGGGUCUAUUUUAGGUCCUCUUUUGUUUUUGAUAUAUAUAAAUGAUAUUUGUAAUGUUUCGACUCUUGCAAAACUGAUCUUAUUUGCUGACGAUACAAGUUUGUUCUUUACUCAUAGGGAUCCGGUUUACUUGGUAAAUAUGAUAAACCAAGAGCUGGAAAAAUUCUCGAUUUGGCUUAGGACAAAUAGAUUAUCUUUAAACUUGGAUAAAACAAAAUUUAUGAUUUUUAAACCUAGACAAAAAUUAUUGGAAUUAGAUGUGAAACUAUUAUUAAAUGAUAGAGAAAUUGAUCAAGUGGAAAAAAUCGUUUUCUUAGGAGUUAUUUUAGAUGACAAACUUUCUUGGAAAUCUCAUAUUAGUCAUGUGUCAACGAAGAUUUCAAAAUCAAUAGGAAUAAUACGUAAAUCUAGUUUUUUUCUUUUGAAACAAUCAUUGUUUACUUUGUAUUACUCAUUGGUGUACCCAUACCUGGAAUAUUGCAAUAUUGUUUGGGCAUCUACGUAUGCAUCCAACCUGUUUCGUUUGGUAGUUCUUCAGAAACGUAUUGUUAGAAUUAUGAAUAAUAGUACAUUUGAUUCUCAUACAAGCAUGAUCUUUAAAAACCUUCGAUUAUUAAAAUUUAGUGACAUAUGUAAAUUGCAAACAUGUCAAUUCAUGUUUUUGUAUAUAAAAAAUCUUGUACCAGAACAUUUUAAAAAUAUUUUCCUAUUAAAUAGCCAAAUACAUAAUUAUAAUACUAGAAGAGCAAAUGAAUUUCACACUGUAACUCCUAGAACAAAUCUACGUCAAUUCUCUAUAAAAUACCAAGGCCCAUUUCUCUAUAACAGUUUAGACAAUGAUAUUGUGAAUAGUGUAUCGCUUUCUUCCUUUACAAAGAAAUUAAAAAAACUUUUCUGCUCCAUGUAUAAUUAACUAAGCUUACCAUUGUUAUUUAUUUUGGAAUAAGCUUAUAAUUAGUGUGAAUUCUUAAACGAGAGGGGGUUUGAUAAUUUUAAUAAGCCUAAUUGGUUUCCUAUAUCAAACCUCCUCGUCACAUAGGCUUUUAAGUAAAUAUUCAUUAUUUUGUUUGAAAACAUUAUCUUUCUUGUUAUUAUUUAACUUACAUUAUUUGACAUUUUUUUUUGUAAAUAAUUGUUGUGUGUGACAAAAUUUAUUAUUAAACAUUAAACAUAAACGUCAUUAGGGUACAUAUUGAUGAAAGACUAACAUGGCAUGAACACGUGGAAUUUCAGGUUAACGGCCGAACCACAAGCGCACUUUUGGACGCAACUACAGAAUGGUUAAGCAAUAUGGAUAAAGGUCAACUGAAUUCUGUAGUGUUUCUUGAUUUGGCCAAGGCAUUUGAUACGGUGGAUCAUGAGAUUUUGUUGAGCAAACUUCAGAUUUAUGGAGUUGAUUCAAUGAGUCUCAAUUGAUUUAAAUCGUAUCUAUUUGACCGAAAACAAAAAUGUAAUGUAAAUGGUCUAGUAUCGAGUGAGCGCUUGUUGCUAUGUGGGGUACCUCAAGGAUCUAUUCUUGGUCCUUUGCUAUUUCUUGUUUACAUUAAUGACCUUCCUUCUUGUCUGCAACAUUCUACAGCACGAAUGUAUGCGGAGGAUACAAAUAUAACUACAACUGGAAAGUCGAUAAAGGAAAUAGCAUCUGGAGCCAAUACAGAUCUUGAAAAUAUUCGCAUAUGGCUCAAAGCAAAUAAACUUACCCUGAAUGUUACCAAAACGGAGUAUAUGUUCAUUGCGUCUGACAGUAAUCUUGACAAACUGCGGGACAUACCAUAUUUAGUUUUGGGUGGAAAACCCAUAAGAAGAGUUAAAGUAUCAAAAUCACUACGGAUAUUUAUUGACGAAAGAUUGUCAUGGAGAGAUCAUAUUGAUAAAAUCUCUAAGACCAUAUGCUCCGGAAUUUCCGGUCUUCGGCAAGUGAGAGAGUUUGUUACCCUUUCAACAUUACUUACAAUAUAUAAUUCACUAAUUCAACCAAUAUUUGACUAUUGUGAUGUUGUUUUGGGUAACAUGUCAAUCACACUUGCUCAACGACUCCAAAAACUGCAAAAUCGUGCAGCAAGAGUUAUCACUCGUCAGGGUUAUGAAGUAAGAUCUAAUGAUAUUAGAAGUCAAUUGAAAUGGAAAACACUUUCCGAAAUAAGGAAUAGUCAUAAACUCAUAAUGAUGUAUAAAAUAUUAAAUAAUAUGGCUCCUGUUUACUUACGUGACCAUUUUAAAAUGUCUUUCACGGACCAAGCUUAUUCUCUUAGAAAUAGAAAACUAUGUCUAAUUUUGCCAAGAGCACAAACAGAAUUCCUAAAGAAAAGUUUUGCCUUUUCUGGAGCAAAAGUUUGGAACGAACUACCAGAAGAAGUAAAAUGUAGCAAUAGUUUACAAAUCUUCAAAAAAUGUAUCUCAUCUCAUGCCUAAAAUUGUACAUAGCUAUUUUUAAUAUAAUGUCGGCCCUCUUGUAAAGCAGUGGUAUCACUGAAGAGUUCACCGAAUUUAAAUAAAAAUAUCUGUCUGUCUGUCUGUCUGUCUGUCUGUCUGUCUGUCUGUCUGUCUGUCUGUCUGUCUGUCUGUCUGUCUGUCUGUCUGUCUGUCUGUCUGUCUGUCUGUUUUUCCGUUUUAAUUUGCUUAAAUUUUGCUUGGUUUGUUUUAUGUUUGUUUGGUUUGUUUGUAUGUUUGCUUUCAUUUGUUGAUCAUGGGUUUAUUUAUUUGCUUAUUUGUUAAUUUCCGAUCCCAAAAGCACUUCUUUCACUAGAAAUAAAGCUACUUUACUCAUUUUUGUUUCGGCUCAGGAAAGCGGAAUUUGAAAGAAAUUUUCCUUUUCUAUCCCACUUUCCAUACGUCAUUUUAUUAAUGCAUUUUAUAGAACGGGAAUUUUGGUAAGCAAUGGUCAAUGGAAUCAUGUCUGCAUCACAUGGAAGAGUAGUGAUGCUGCUGUGCAAGUUUACAAAAACGGCGUACUAUUAGAGAGCAAGACUGCGUCUAUCCAAGGAAGGCCCAUUUUGCCAUUUGGUAUAUGGAUUAUUGGGCAGGACCAAGACAGCUUUGGUGGAGGGUUUCAAUCAAGAAACGCAUUUCAUGGUUCCCUUACUGACGUCAAUGUGUGGGACAGAGACCUGGAUGCGAGCGAGAUUUUAUCCCUUGCAAACAAUGACUGUGGAUCGGGCACGAAGGGAAAUUACAGAGCGUACGAUGAUUUCGUUCCCUACGGAGGUGUUCGAAAGUACAAAUCGCAAUGUUGUAAGCAUUAGCUUUUUAUUUUUGCUUUGGCUGUUUAUAACAAGACUGAAUCUUGUGAACAUACGUGAUAAUUUCUGGCCUCUUUCAUGCAUGAAAGAGGCCAAAAAUAUCAAUUUAGUCCCUGAUUGUGUUGUUUCUCCUUUGCAUGGCUAAAUUAUCUCGCACAUUUUUAGUAAUUGCUGUGCGGAAUUUUCAAGGAAAUUCUUGUCUCGUUCCUAAGGACUAUCUUGAACCUUUUUCAAACGGCUGACUCAAAUCAUUACACAGGCUUCCUGAACAAUGCUGUUAUUGGCAAUCUAUCUGACCGUAUUUUAAUAGCUUCAAAUAUUCCGAACGUACUUUGUUCUUUUAGUCACAAGUAGUAAAAGUAUUAUUACAAAUCUAUUAUCUGGAGAAUUCUAUAUUUAAUAUAUUGCUAUUAGCCUAUUACAGUAUAAUGCUUCGUAUUAUUGUUAUAUACAUUUCCUCGUUGUAGAUACGCCCUGCGUCAAUUUGACUGUUGACAGUUUAUUUUAUCGCAGUCGACGCUGAUUGGUUCGCGUUUAGCAAAUGCGAAAAGGGGAUGAUUGAAUAAAACGCAUCGUUUCGUGCAGGCUCACCUUUCCCUCAGUGAGCUUGUUCGCAGGCUAGUUUUUGCCUUUUUAUGCCCUUUGCCAACACACUUUUUUCUAUGUAUUUUACUUCAUAAGAAACGAGCAAAAUAGUUGUGCUCUGCUUCUAAAAUCCAGCGGCAAAAUAUUAACUUUUAAUCAUUCAUAGUUUAAUUUAAUUAUUUACAAAACCUAACAGUUGAAAGGACAUGCCUAGCAAGAGGUGAUCCACACUACUCGACAUUUGAUGGAACACGUUAUGACUUUAUGGGUACAUGUGAAUACGUUCUGGCUAAAGACAGUUUAAAUAACGCAUUUGAAGUAAGACAAGUGAAUGAACCAUGUGGAAAUGGAGAACCUUCCUGCACAAAAUCUCUAACAGUGAUUUUCCCAAAUGUAACUAUCCAACUACUGCGGGGAAGUGUAAUGGUAAAUGACACAGAAAUUGUUUUGCCUGCAACGUAUGGAGGUAAGUUCUUUCAAACUUCAUACUAUAGAUAGCAGUAUAUGCUUCAGGAUUUGACGGUCAAGUUAGAAUUUCUAACUAAAUGCAUGCAUAGUACAAAUUUAGUGGAAUAUCGUUCUAUUUCUUAAAACAUUUAUUUUAGAAAGGAAGUUCGUCAUAUUUCCUUUUUAUCUUUAUAAUAAGUCAAUAUCAUUCUCCCUAGUAUUGGAGUAGCAAUAGUGGAGACCCUGUUGCAAACUGCUGCCUCAUACUUGAUCGGUAACUUAUUACAGACAAUUAUUUCCUAAUAUAUCGGAGAGUGCAUGGGUAAUAUUUAAUAGCAAUUUUCAAACUCGAUCCUUUAUGUUUUUUGUAUAAAGGUGUGGCAAUAACUGAACCAAGCAACAGAGUAACGUUGAUUGAAAGUGAUUAUGGUGUAGAAGUUGAAUGGAAUAAUGUACGUAAUGUGAGAGUGACAGUACUUGGUCGCUAUCUGAACAGAACAUCAGGUUUAUGUGGAACAUUUGAUGGAAAUCCUGGAGAUGAUUUCUUAGCAGCAAAUGGAACAACUGUUGACAAUGCUGUAACCUUUGGAAAUUCUUGGAAAACUGAUCCUGGUUGUGAUGAUGCAACAGAUGUACAACAUCCAUGUGUAACUCACUCUGACAGAAACGCGACUGCUAUAGCCAACUGUUCAGCUUUGUCAUCUUCUCCAUUCGAUAACUGUGCAAACCUGAUUAAUCCAGUUUCAGAGGGUUAUAUUACCGAUUGUGAGUAUGAUGUAUGUGCUUGUGGUGGUGAUGCUACAGUUUGUCUAUGUCAAGCAAUAGAGGCUUAUGUCAGUGAUUGUAAUUCUACUGGAGUGGAUAUUGAUUGGCUGAGUGAUCCACGAUAUCAACAAUGUGGUAAGUGAUCAAUCUAGUUGAAUUUCAUCGCCAAGUUUAUUGCAAAUUUUGGAGGUAUGGAGACACAAAUUUUUUAAUCAUUAUGCCGAAAUUCUGAGUUUGACAUACGAAAUGCAUAUUUUGAAGGACGUGAAAUGUUGCACAUUAUUUCACGUCAUAUACUUGGUAAAUUCUUUAUCAUGAAUAUCAAAUUCUGUGUUAGAUGGUUCAAUGCAAUGAAAAUUGUGGGACCUUUUGCAUUAAUAAAAAUGAGUGGCUAUUUAAGACACCAAAGAAACUCAAUUUGUUCGGGUGACCUCCAGAUAUGCAUUGUGCAUAGAGUAGCCCAUUUUAUAAGAGGAAACUACUAAAGGAAUGUCUUCAUACUGGUAUAUGUGGCAAACACAUUUACUUAGCAAAGGAAACUUCAGAAAGAUUAUUGUGGCUAUAUGACCUAGAAUGGAAUUGCUCAACAUUUAUUAACAGAAAUUUGAACUGUUUUAAUCUAAUUUAUCUAAUUUAGGUUCACCAUGUGCCAGUGAUCCAUGUUUCAAUGGUGGGACUUGUUCAAAUGAUGGACAGUCAUUCUGUUGCUCAUGUCCUGUUGGAUACAAUGGUGACCGCUGCGAAAUCAAAGGUAUAAACAUUAUUUUCAAGAACGUAUGGUACUGGACAUGUUGUUCAAAAACGCAUAUAUUUAACAAUUAGACACCGAUGGCGAGGUGAUCACAAGCCUAUGUUCAUCAGCGAAGUGAAUAUAGUCUUUAGAUCACCUAGUCUGGGGUGCCUAAUUGUUUUAGUAUAAAAUGCAGUAUUGAGAACAUAACAAUAUAUACAAACGUUGUGUAUAAAAUUUACUUCACUUUUCCGAUUUUGAGUCAAACGAAUCCAGCUGUCGGAACUUUGUUGGCCGAUUCUGUUAUUUUCCGGUUUUAAAUUGCCAAAUAAAUUGUUUUCGGAAGUAAAAGGUGCUUUUGUUUUUCCGAAAUAGGUACCAUACCAUAUAUUGUUGCUUGUUUUGCUUUUAGAGGAAUAGUUUGUGCUUUAAUUUCUUCAUAUUUUUCCUCCAUGAUUUCGGCAGUCAUUUUGUUUUGAAAGCAAUAGUUACUAUCCCAAGCUGUCUGAGCAGUAACUAUUGCCUCAUGGGAGCGAGCCAAUCAGAACGUUUGAAAUCCAUAUUCAAUACUGAAUUUAUUAUAAUACUGUUUAGUAUAAAUUUAGGAGAUCAAAUGAGCUUUCGCGCGUUGUGAUUGGCUGGUUGACUGGUAAAUCUGACGCAAUAGUUUCAAGCAUACUAAUAAAUAAAGCUUUUAAUGCUAAUAAAUAAUACUAUUUCUUUUGAUUUGUCAUCUUUUCAUUGUACUGCAUGGUGUCCUGACGCUGUAUUGUGUUUUGGAAUUGCAAAAUGCAAAUUGUAUUAAAACUUUAUUUCGAGGCAUUCGAGCAAUAUUUAAUAUAUAUCUCAGUCAGUUUUAGCAUUUCCCAGCCAUUUCCUUAACAAAUUAAUGCUCAACAGAAACUAUUUGUCCAUCAUUGUGUUUUUAUUCUAAGCAGAUAUCGAGAAAAACAACUUUGUAAUAAAGCAAUAAAGUGACAUGGGAAGCCAUUUUGAAAGUGUCUGCGUACAACAAACACUGCAACACUAAAACAGAAUAUAUAUAUAUAUAUAUAUAUAUAUAUAUAUAUAUAUAUAUAUAUAUAUAUAUAUAUAUAUAUAUAUAUAUAUAUAUAUAUAUAUAUAUAUUUCGAGGUUUCGAACAUCAAAGGUAAUUUGUAUUUCUCUAUAGGUUUUGCAGAUGCGUUGUACUUCAGAGGAGAGAAUACUGUUGAGUACGCGAAAUAUGAAAAUAAUUCCUGUCGGGUGAGUAUUUAGGCCAUCAGCCACUCAGCAGAUUUUGACUUUUCGUUUCCCCCACACAGAGACAACAAUUUGACGGGUGCAAAUGUUGCUUAAAAGCUUAUAAAGUCGAACAACAAAAUGUUGUAAUCGAUAACACCUGCAGUUUUGCCAAAAAUUGGCCUUCAAAUUAUGUAAUUUUACAUUAUAUCGUCGCCAUUUUUUCACGCAUUUCGAAGCUGCGUGUGCUCCUCGCGCAUACCACGAAGCAGUGCUUCCAUUUGCAAUUAAGAAAAUUUGCAAGGAAAUAAAAUGCAAGGAAAUAAAAUUUACAGGAAAUGGCAAUUAAUUUUGUUGUCAGGAAGGGAAUAAGAGGGAUAUUACGUUAUUUCUAAGAUUACAGCAUUUUCCAAGCAAUCUCGAUUCAGAAAAUGUCAACAGCUGGAAAAUUUGUUGCGCAUGCGCCAGACUUCCAUUGAAACUUGAAGAUUUCCGUCAUUUCCCCGGACUCCCGAAGAAAUAACGAAAUGUUCGUGGUUGUUGUAUAUUUUUGAAUAUCUGUUUAAUCUUUAUAAUUUUUUUUGCUUGACACAAAGUAGAAUAUCCUCUACGUAUCCUGUGUAUAGAAUAUCUCGUUUGAACAGCAAUAGAAUAUUAUAAUCUUGGCAAAAACAAGAAGACAUUUGACACGCUGAAUCUGCUUUAUCUACAGUCAUUCCUGCCAAUGGUCGCGAGCUUGACAGCUAGUCUUGUCAAUCGGAAAACAAGUACAAAUUUGAGUUCAAACAGAAAGAAGUCACGAUUUUAAUACAACUAACAUAUAUUCUAUACAAAUACGGCUGUUUUAAAAUGUUUUCAAUUUGAAUUUUCAAACUGCUUUUAUCUAUCGACAUGAUAAUCAAACUGUGCAAAUGCCGGCUUUUGUUGAGGCUUGCGAAUGCAAAAUAACUUCUCGUAAACAGAGCAUUUCAACACAAAACUCUCGCUUAGUCUUCUGAUGCACUUGUACGUUCGGUUCUACUAGUUAAACAAGGAAAAUAUUCAAGAAACUCUGGUAAAUUAUGGUUGUCAAAAAACAUUUCAGUGCUGAGGCAGGACAGGCAGUACAAGGUCACAAGACCAAGGUCAAGUUGUCGAUUUCAUUACAUUUUACAGUGCUUCGUAGCCUGCGAAUACAGACUCUAUUUAUGUCGCUUAUUCCACUUGGAGGGGGGGGAGGGGACGCGAUAAAUAAGUUUUCCCCCAAGUGGAAUAAGCGACAUAAAUGUAGACUGUUUCGCAGGCUAAGUGCUUCGAUGUUCUCGAAUUCUUGCUUCAUACAAGAGCAGUAAACGCACGCAUUUCAAAGCGAAAUUAGGCGCAAAGGGGCAAUUUUUCAUCAAAAUUUGUUGUUAAAUUCUGUUUCGUUAAUUAAAACUAAAUUUUCAAAACACUAAAAAAACUAGUAAGAAGAUAAAAACCUUACUAAUUUGAUUUUCAUUUUGGACAAAUUUUGAUUAAUGUUAAUAAACAUGUUUAUGGAAACAAUCGCUUGACGUCCGCAUUGCGCUUAAUUCCGUUGAGGCAUGCAUAAAUCUGCCUUCCUUUGAAACGCAUGCUGGAACGCCCAAUUCAAGGUAUUAUUACGACGGAAACAUUUUACUCCUUUCCCCAGGAGACAGUCUCUCUACAGGAGAUUUAUUGUCCGAAAAAUAAAGUUGCUACAGUUAACUAUUUGCAGAUCAAACAUUGACUAAAAAUGCUUACUCAGCAUUUUUCCAAAACUUUGGUCAGCAAUAUUUCAGUAACAAUUGACCGUACGUGAUUAUCAUAAUAUAGUUUUUUUGUACACAUGUGAUGCUCUAUCUGUCAGUAUUUUCAAAGUUUUGAAUUUCAAAAAUUUUUAGUUUUCUCAUGUAUGGAUGACGUCAUACAUAGAUAAAAGCAAUUUUCUCGAGACCUGCAUGUUUGCCGAAGUACAACAUUGGUGUUUUAUCAUUGAAAUGGAUCCACUCAACAUAUAAUGAAAUCAAAAUUUGGUCUCCGUGGGGGGGAAACGAAACUUGCUUUCCAGCUUCAUUCUCGCGAGUGGCUGAUGGCCUAAUUGUUGCAAUCCAACAUCAUUUUCCCACAAUCCUUAGGCCUGCAUGUUUCAUACGUCGCACUAUCGUCGAAUUUGAUUCGGACGAAUUUAAUUGAACGAAUUAAAUGCGACGGUAGUGCAUCGUUUGAAACGGAUUACAUUCGUCUGAUGAAUUACAAUCGUCCAAGACCUUCUGUCCAUCAUGGUCAGAUGGAUACGACGUCUGUAGCGAGUCUUUGUUUCAUUCGACGUGUUAUCGUCGUGUUGAAUUAAAUGCAUAAAUCAUGUUAAAGUUUGUUUCUGUGUUACUGAUAUCAUCAGGGCUGCAAAUAAAUAUUUGACUCGACAGGACAUUCGUCCGAUCACUUUUAAUUUUCGUCGGUCAUAUAUACGUCACAAGAUAUUAGAUAUAUGUAAGUCACGAGACAAGUAUGUAUAGCCAUUCCGGGGCAACGUUGAGUAAUUUGCUAGACUGCCUCGUAAAUUUUAUUGCAAAAUGUAAAAUGAGUGAAUUUGCAAUCGGAUUUUGUCACAAGAAAAAAAUGUAUAAUGUGACAAUAUAUUUUUUUGAUCGGACCAUGUCCGAUCAAAAUUACUUUUGCUCGGACAUUUGCCGAAUUUAGUCGGACAUUGUCGAUGUCCGAUAGUAAUUUGCGCCCUGUAUCGUGGUUUUUAUUUCUGCGUAAUGCAUGAUCCCUAGACAUAAAAUUAAUUUGUCGGAAUAAAAUUCGUCGUUUGAAACGAAACCAUUUUAAUGUCAACCAAUGGACGAAUUUAAUAACGAAUUGAAUUCGUCUGAAUUAAAUUCGACGUAUGAAACAGGCCUAUCGGCUUCAUGAGUGUGUUGAUUUAAGCAAAUAUGUCUAGCUAUGUGUAAUAGUUAUUUUUUAAAAUCGGCAGUUAAAAAUGUCCAUCCCGCUCAGGUGGGAUAAAUAAAGCCUUCAAAUGGAUAAUAAUUUAGCCCAAUUGACUGAAAUCAUACUUAGCGGAAAAGCAAGACUAUCUCAUAUGAACAAUAAUUCAAUCCAUAUACGUUAAAUUAACGACAGCCAAACUCACUCAGGUGAGUUCCUUGGUUUGCUAGGCUAAUAUAGACUGUUCCUUAAGGUAAUUUACAUUUACGUAGUCUGCAUGCACUAACUUCUAUGGCAAGCAAUAUCCGUCUGUAUCUUGAUUGGAAAGGUGUGGCGAAAUGUGAACUAUUCUGUUUUAAAAACUUUGAAUUGCAUAUUGUUUGUAGAAACAUCUACUGAAAAAUAAUAUUCUGCUACUUUAUUUAAAUCAUACAAUACAUGUUUGACGCUAAAAUUCAUUGAAGAAACGUGCACCAAAAUACACUUAGCUUUUCAUAUGGCGGGAAAUCGAGCGAAAAUGCCGCCGUGAUCUAAAAAGUAACGUCAGAGUUGUCCCAACAUCGCGACGUUUUGUAUUCCAAUCAACCAUUUGACCGAUCUUAUCGACAUAGGCGGCGGAACUGGAGAAGGGUUUUAGUAUAGGUAAUAGCCUGGUUUCGAGUGCAAUUUGGAUAUAACAUGCACGAGUGAGUUUUUCAAAGACCUUAUCUAAAGGAAUUAAGUGUUUUUAUGUUUUUGAAACAAAAAUAUUUAGUCAGUCGAUAAACUGAAAAUCGCCUAUUAAAAAAUCGUCGAAAAGUAUGGUUUCAAAAGCGUUGCCUCAAGCUUAAGUAACGUAAAAAAAUACAAAAAGUAGUUGUGUUAGUUUAAAUGGAUCAUUUAACUGCGUUUAUAUUAUACAUUUAAAUUUUUUUAGAACAUUCCUGUUGAGUUUGAGUUUGUCUUGAUCUUUCGUGUUUUGUUUUGGCUUGCACAACAACGUUAAAAAUGUAUUCUUAAACGACGAUUUCCGUAUAUAUUAUGUUCAGGUUUCUCGUAAAAAUACUGGAAUGGGUUUUCUUUUUUGCAAAACCUUUUUCCAACUUAAGUCUCCCUAUAAUUUUUUUUGGAAAACUUUGUUGGAAAAAAUUGUUCGCACACCCUGCAACCUUGCGAAUUUCCUUGCCGCAGGAGUCUGGGACUAGCCAAAAUGCCCUUGUAAAUCCGCCAUUUUGUGGAGACAAAAUUUUUACUGAAAAGAGGAGCAGGCAUUCUAUGUCUUUUGUUUCUAUGGGGAGGACUAAGCCAACCCCAUCUCCAAAAACGGGUAAGAUUCGAACUAUAUACACAGGUGGAUUUGAGAAUAUUAUAAUGUAUUUGAAAGUAUUUGUCAGCAAAUUAUUAUAUAUAAAAUUUAAACAUUUGAAGUUGUUUUUGCCUGAACAUCAUAUGCUGUGAGGAACGUCGCUGGGGAAGGGGGGGGGGGUGACAACUUUCUUGAAAACGUCUUCUCGGUAAAAUAAUAGAUUUGCCGGCAAAUUGUUUACGUUAUCGUGAUAUUCAUUUGCGAGAUAUAUACCCAAUAACCGUACGUUAACUGGAAAUUGAAUCUAAAAAUGUUAUGUCCGGAACCAAACCAAAUUAACUAAUUUGUUUUCCUAACUCUCCCCCUCUCCUAGAAUUUUGCAAUUUCGGGAAAUAAAUGUUAAUUAACGACUAAAACCUUGUCGGCAAAUGCAAUACUACCCACCCCCUGUUUUGCUUCUCCGCGAAAUCCCGCUUUAAUAUAGAAUGUAAUCAUCUGCGCAGACUAGUAAAUGGCCAGAUAAUAUUCUAAAUUUUGAGAUGCGCCUGUAUAUAAAAUGGGCACAUUUACAGAAUAUAUUCAAGAAAGAUAAGUGAAAACCGGUAUGUCUGUUUAAAUUAUAAUGUAAAUAUAAAGUAUCAAAUCCCCCCUCCACCCCCCCCUUGUAGGAAAAUAUAUAGGAAUUACGCACCCUCCCAAUAUCUCCCCUCUCUUUGGAGUUGCAAUGUAAAACCAUCUCCACGACUCUUUUCAAUCAAAGCGAGAAAGCCCCAAAAAAUUAAACAUAAAUUUAACAAGGAAAUACACAACGACUUUCUUCGUUGAUCAGUUUUGAUUGCUACCUUGCGCGACUCCCAUCCUACCCAUUUCAAUCACUUAUGCCAUUAUUUAUGCACUUUACAGGCUGCUGUUCUUGAUAAAGAAUUAAAUGCAAUCACUUCAUGUUUCUGGAUUAAAUCGCAAAAACGUUCGUACCCCGCUGUGUUGUCAUAUGCAGUUCCCGGUGAAGAUAACGAAUUCCUCAUAUAUUUGAAUCCACUAAUUACAUUGAUAAUAAAAGGCCGCGAAUUAAGGUAAGUAAAUCUAGACCUGUUGCUUUCUAUUAAUGAAUGUGUUUUCACCUCUGUUUGUUUGUUUGUUUGUUUGUUUGUUUGUUUGUUUGUUUGUUUGUUUGUUUGUUUGUUUGUUUGUUUGUUUGUUUGUUUGUUUGUUUGUUUGUUUGUUGUUGUUUGUUUGUUGUUUGUUUGUUUGUUUGUUUGUUUGUUUGUUUGUUUGUUUGUUUGUUUGUUUGUUUGUUUGUUUGUUUGUUUGUUUGUUUGUUUGUUUGUUUGUUUGUUUGUUUGUUUGUUUGAAUGUUUGUUUGUUUGCUUUCUUUUUUGCUUGGUUGCUUGUUUGUUUGUUUGUUUGCUUGUUUGUUGGGCUGGAUUUGGUUUGGUGAGGUUCGGGUUGGGUUGGGUUGGGUAGGGUAGGCUAGGAUAGGGUAGCGUAGGGUUGGGCUGGGUUGGGUUGGGUUGGUUGUGUUGGUUGUGUUUGUUGUGUUUGUUGUGUUGGCUGGUUUGCAUGUUGGUUUGCAUGUUAAUUUUUGGUUUGUAGGUUUGUUUGUUUGUGUUUUGUGUCUAUGUAUGUGUGUGUGUGUGCCUGUAUUUUGGAAUACAAUAAAUGAGUUAAUGUCCCGAAGCUCGAAAUCUCCAAAUAUUUCUUCUCUGUUAAUAAACAAAAAAGUAGUCACAAACAACACUGAAAUAGCUGAAUGUUUAAAACAAAAUAUUUUCCUGAAAUAAGGUGCAAAUUAACAAACAACGUACCGCAAUUUAGCAAUGGGAAAGGUUUUCAUCAAUAUGUGCAAAGAGCUGCCACUGAAACGAUGUAUAUAUGGCGCCCAACCACUUCGGAUGAAGUUAUUAAAUUAAUUUCCUCAAUAUCUGAUAAAAAAGCUACUUGUCUAAACCAUAUUCCGUGUAAAAUACUUAAACUCGCUGCACGUAUUGUUUCGAAAUGAUUGUGCGAUAGUUUUAAUUUAUCUAUACAAACAGCAUUAUUCUCUGACGACUGGAAAUGAGCGAAAGUCUCCCCUAUAUACAACGUUGACGCAAAAGAUAAUCUAGGGGAUUGGAAACCAAUUUCGGUUUUAAGUGUGAUUUCUAAGGUUUUCGAGCCAUAGUUUUUGAUCACCUUUACACUUAUUUCAAUGAAAACAACCUGUUACACAAGAGUCAAUCAGGCUUUAUGAAGUGACACCCCGUAUAACUGCACUAAUAGAUGCCACAUUAAAUGGCUUACAAAUAUGUGGAUCAGGGAAAUUUUAAUGCGGUUGCCAACAAGGGCAGAUUUCGUGCUCGACCAAUCAGCGAUGCUGUUUACAUUUUGGCACUCAACUGAUCAUAAUGCAGGAAACGAGAAAUUUACAGCAAGGCGAGCUAGAAUAUAUUGCCGUCUUCGCGGGCUUCCGUGAGAUUAAAUGUUAACUUUUUUAAUUUAAAACCAAAGAUUAUGGUGGAGCACGUUAAAAUCUAAAACUUUGCCGUGGGAAUUUUUAAAUUUCGACCUAGAAUUGAAAAUAUCCAUGUUUGAAAUUUUUCUCUAUGUCGCGUAAACGAUUUUGAGUAAUCUAAUUUGACUGCAAUAAAACUGAAAAUGCUAUAUUUUCUCUGCUUUUAAGUUUUUGUGGGAAAACUCUUUUUGGAAAUUCUUUUGGUCAAUAUUUUAUAUCAAAACCUAGAUGAUAACGCGUUUAUAGCGCUUGAUUUAAAAAAAAAUAUAGUCGCACGCUCGCGAUCAUACGGCAAAUCAAUACAAAAAUAUUGUGCGUUCGAUUUUGCAGAUAAUCAGACUCUCUAAACGCGUUAUCUUCUAGGUUAUGAAAUAAUACAUUGAGCAAAAUGAUUCUCAACAAGAGUAAAAAAGAGUUUUUCAACAAAAACGUAAAGCAAAGAAAAGAUAGCAAUUUACUAAUUUUAUUGCAGUCAAAUUAGAUUACUCAAGUUUGUAUACGCGACAUAUGGAAAAAUUUCAAAUAUGGAUAUUUUCCAUUCUAGGUCGAAAUUUAAAAAUGACCACGGCAAAGUUUUAGAUUUUAAUGUGAUGCAUCGUAAUAUUUUUGUUUUAAAUUAAAAAAUUGAAAUUGAAUCUCACGGAAGCCCGAGAAGACGGCAAUAUUUUGUAGCUCGCCUCGGUGUAAAUUUCUCGUUUCCUGCAUUAUGAUUAGCUGAGAGCGAAAAUGUAAACAAAUGCGCUGAUUGGUCGAAGACGAAAUCUGCCCUUGUUGCGGUUGUCUAUAUUGAUCCAGCGAAGGCAUUUGAUAGAAUAACUCACGAGAUAUUACUCUAGAAACUCCACAUUUACGGGGUUGAAGCAAAUAGCUUAUCCUGGUCCAAUCCUAUCUACAAUAUCGCAAACAAAAAUGUUAUGUGAAUGACGUUCUAUGUGGCGAACGUAGCAUUAAUUGUGGUGUGCCUCAGGGGUCAAUUCUUGCACCAUUAUUGUUUCUCAUAUAUAUGAACGAUCUUCCUCAGUGUUUAAAACAUUCUACAGCUCGAAUGUAGGCUGACGAUAAAAACAUAACGACGACAGGAACAUAUCUUCGAGAAUUAGUAACACAUGCUAAUGAUGACUUAAAUAAUAUAAGUGACUGGCUGAAAGCAAACAAACUCAGCCUUAACGUGACCAAAACUGAGUACAUGUUCAUUGGUUCAGAUCAAGUUAAGGGAUGCACCACUACUAUUUGUUGAAAAAAAGCUAUAAAAAGGGUCAAAGCAACUAAGUCAUUAGGGGUACAUAUUGAUGAAAGACUAACAUGGCAUGAACACAUGGAAGUUCAGGUGAACGGCGGGAAAAGGGGUUUGUCCCAUUAUCGACAUUGUUAACAAUCUAUAACUCAUUAAUACAACCAUUAUUUGAUUACUGCGAUGUUGUUUGGGACAGCCUUCUUGCUGCUGGUGCUUGCAUCCUACAAAAGUUAUAAAUCGCGCCGCUAGAGUUAUUAUUGAUCAAGGUUAUGAUAUCAGAUCCAAUGAAAUAGGAAAACAUUGAAUUGGAAAAUUCUUGCUGAAAUGCGAGACAUACACAAAUUAACUUUGAUGUAUAAGAUAUUAAAUAAUUUGGCACCAAAUUAUUUGAGCGACCAUUUUGAAUGGUCCUUAAAUAAUAUCUGCCAUAGAUAAUUUUUAUAGAUUAAGAAAUAGAAAACUAUACCUUGUACUACAAAAGCCUCAAACUGAAUAUUUAAAGAAAACCUUUGCAUUUUCUGGAGUAAAAAAAUGUGGAAUAAUUUACCUAAAGGUGUAAAAUGCAGCAACAGCUUGGGCCAGUUUAAAAAGGAGCAAUAUAUAAUCACAUCAGCCUCUAACUAAAAUUGCAUAUAUAUUCGACUUUCUUGUAAAGCAGUGCAAUGCACUGAAAAAUUUCCGAAUUCAAAUAAACAUCUGUGUGUGUGUGUGUCUGUCCUAAUUUGCUUAAAUUUUACUUUGUUAGUUUUAUUGUUUUUUGGUUUGUUUGUAUGUUUGCUUUCAUUUGUUGAUCAUUCAUGGGUUUGUUUAUUUGCUUAUUUGUUAGUUUGCGAUCUCAAAAGCACUUCUUUCACUAGAAAUAAAGCUACUUUACUCAUUUUUGUUUCGGCUCAGGAAAGCGGAAUUUGAAAGAAAUUUUCCUUUUCUAUCCCACUUUCCAUACGUCAUUUUAUUAAUGCAUUUUAUAGAACGGGAAUUUUGGUAAGCAAUGGUCAAUGGAAUCAUGUCUGCAUCACAUGGAAGAGUAGUGAUGCUGCUGUGCAAGUUUACAAAAACGGCGUACUAUUAGAGAGCAAGACUGCGUCUAUCCAAGGAAGGCCCAUUUUGCCAUUUGGUAUAUGGAUUAUUGGGCAGGACCAAGACAGCUUUGGUGGAGGGUUUCAAUCAACAAACGCAUUUCAUGGUUCCCUUACUGACGUCAAUGUGUGGGACAGAGACCUGGAUGCGAGCGAGAUUUUAUCCCUUGCAAACAAUGAAUGUGGAUCGGGCACGAAGGGAAAUUACAGAGCGUACGAUGAUUUCGUUCCCUACGGAGGUGUUCGAAAGUACAAAUCGCAAUGUUGUAAGCAUUAGCUUUUUAUUCUUGCUUUGGCUGUUUAUAACAAGACUGAACCUUGUGAACAUACGUGAUAAUUUCUGGCCUCUAUCAUGCAUGAAAGUGACCAAAAAAAUCAAUAUAGUUCCUGAUUGUGUUGUUUCUCCUUUGCAUGGCUAGAUUAUCUCGCACAUUUUUAGUAAUUGCUGCCCGGAAUUUUUAAGGAAAUUCUUGACUCGUUCAUUAGGACUAUCUUGAACCUUUUUCAAACGGCUGACUCAAAUCAUUUCACAGGCUUCCUGAACAAUGCUGUUAUUGGCAAUCUAUCUGACCGUAUUUUAAUAGCUUCAAAUAUUCCGAACGUACUUUGUUCUUUUAGUCACAAGUAGUAAAAGUAUUAUUACAAAUCUAUUAUCUGGAGAAUUCUAUAUUUAAUAUAUUGCUAUUAGCCUAUCACAGUAUAAUGCUUCGUAUUAUUGUUAUAUACAUUUCCUCGUUGUAGAUACGCCCUGCGUCAAUUUGACUGUUGACAGUUUAUUUUAUCGCAGUCGACGCUGAUUGGUUCGCGUUUAGCAGAUGCGAAAAGGGAAUGAUUGAAUAAAACGCAUCGUUUCGUGCAGGCUCACCUUUCCCUCAGUGAGCUUGUUCGCAGGCUAGUUUUUGCCUUUUUAUGCCCUUUGCCAACACACUUUUUUCUAUGUAUUUUACUUCAUAAGAAACGAGCAAAAUAGUUGUGCUCUGCUUCUAAAAUCCAGCGGCAAAAUAUUAACUUUUAAUCAUUCAUAGUUUAAUUUAAUUAUUUACAAAACCUAACAGUUGAAAGGACAUGCCUAGCAAGAGGUGAUCCACACUACUCGACAUUUGAUGGAACACGUUAUGACUUUAUGGGUACAUGUGAAUACGUUCUGGCUAAAGACAGUUUAAAUAACGCAUUUGAAGUAAGACAAGUGAAUGAACCAUGUGGAAAUGGAGAACCUUCCUGCACAAAAUCUCUAACAGUGAUUUUCCCAAAUGUAACUAUCCAACUACUGCGGGGAAGUGUAAUGGUAAAUGACACAGAAAUUGUUUUGCCUGCAACGUAUGGAGGUAAGUUCUUUCAAACUUCAUACUAUAGAUAGCAGUAUAUGCUUCAGGAUUUGACGGUCAAGUUAGAAUUUCUAACUAAAUGCAUGCAUAGUACAAAUUUAGUGGAAUAUCGUUCUAUUUCUUAAAACAUUUAUUUUAGAAAGGAAGUUCGUCAUAUUUCCUUUUUAUCUUUAUAAUAAGUCAAUAUCAUUCUCCCUAGUAUUGGAGUAGCAAUAGUGGAGACCCUGUUGCAAACUGCUGCCUCAUACUUGAUCGGUAACUUAUUACAGACAAUUAUUUCCUAAUAUAUCGGAGAGUGCAUGGGUAAUAUUUAAUAGCAAUUUUCCAACUCGAUCCUUUAUGUUUUUUGUAUAAAGGUGUGGCAAUAACUGAACCAAGCAACAGAGUAACGUUGAUUGAAAGUGAUUAUGGUGUAGAAGUUGAAUGGAAUAAUGUACGUAAUGUGAGAGUGACAGUACUUGGUCGCUAUCUGAACAGAACAUCAGGUUUAUGUGGAACAUUUGAUGGAAAUCCUGGAGAUGAUUUCUUAGCAGCAAAUGGAACAACUGUUGACAAUGCUGUAACCUUUGGAAAUUCUUGGAAAACUGAUCCUGGUUGUGAUGAUGCAACAGAUGUACAACAUCCAUGUGUAACUCACUCUGACAGAAACGCAACUGCUAUAGCCAACUGUUCAGCUUUGUCAUCUUCUCCAUUCGAUAACUGUGCAAACCUGAUUAAUCCAGUUUCAGAGGGUUAUAUUACCGAUUGUGAGUAUGAUGUAUGUGCUUGUGGUGGUGAUGCUACAGUUUGUCUAUGUCAAGCAAUAGAGGCUUAUGUCAGUGAUUGUAAUUCUACUGGAGUGGAUAUUGAUUGGCUGAGUGAUCCACGAUAUCAACAAUGUGGUAAGUGAUCAAUCUAGUUGAAUUUCAUCGCCAAGUUUAUUGCAAAUUUUGGAGGUAUGGAGACACAAAUUUUUUAAUCAUUAUGCCGAAAUUCUGAGUUUGACAUACGAAAUGCAUAUUUUGAAGGACGUGAAAUGUUGCACAUUAUUUCACGUCAUAUACUUGGUAAAUUCUUUAUCAUGAAUAUCAAAUUCUGUGUUAGAUGGUUCAAUGCAAUGAAAAUUGUGGGACCUUUUGCAUUAAUAAAAAUGAGUGGCUAUUUAAGACACCAAAGAAACUCAAUUUGUUCGGGUGACCUCCAGAUAUGCAUUGUGCAUAGAGUAGCCCAUUUUAUAAGAGGAAACUACUAAAGGAAUGUCUUCAUACUGGUAUAUGUGGCAAACACAUUUACUUAGCAAAGGAAACUUCAGAAAGAUUAUUGUGACUAUAUGACCUAGAAUGGAAUUGCUCAACAUUUAUUAACAGAAAUUUGAACUGUUUUAAUCUAAUUUAUCUAAUUUAGGUUCACCAUGUGCCAGUGAUCCAUGUUUCAAUGGUGGGACUUGUUCAAAUGAUGGACAGUCAUUCUGUUGCUCAUGUCCUGCUGGAUACAAUGGUGACCGCUGCGAAAUCAAAGGUAUAAACAUUAUUUUCAAGAACGUAUGGUACUGGACAUGUUGUUCAAAAACGCAUAUAUUUAACAAUUUGACACCGAUGGCGAGGUGAUCAGAAGCCCUAUAUUCAUCAGCGAAGUGAAUAUAGUCUUUAGAUCACCUAGUCUGGGGUAGCCUGCGACACUGGCUCUCAAGCUGAAUUGAGAGCCUGCAUCGAUGACUAAUGAAUUUGAAUAUCUGCCCCGUAACGUUCGUUUUUCCAAAUAUGGAAUGUCUAUCCUUAUAUGGUGUUGUUUACAACUUUCGUGCAAACUAAAUUUAGACCGUGCAAACUAAAUUUAGACUGUACAGUUUAUACUGUUUUUCGAAAUAUAAGAUAUUCAAGCAAAAGUUCAAAUGUUUUAAAUACUGUUUUCUCAAAACAGAAAAUUUCGUGCUUUGAGAUAAGACGGCCAAGACCAAUUUGAUCAGCUAAUGUGUUUUUUAUGCAUAAUGCUGCUUCAGCAGAGUUGACGUAUAUAGAGCUCAGCGGAAACAUAUAAAUUAUAGCAUCUGACCAAUGAGAAUUUCGCGUCACGAUUUGAGACGCAGAUAUUCAAAUUCAUUAGUCAUCGAUGCAGGCUCUCAAUUCAGCUUGAGAGCCUGUUCGCAGGCUAAGUCUGGGGUGCCUAAUUGUUUUAGUAUAAAAUGCAGUAUUGAAACAUAAUACAUACAAACGUUGUGUAUAAAAUUUACUUCACUUUUCCGAUUUUGAGUCAAACGAAUCCAGCUGUCGGAACUUUGUUGGCCGAUUCUGUUAUUUUGCGGUUUUAAAUUGCCAAAUAAAUUGUUUUCGGAAGUAAAAGGUGCUUUUGUUUUUCCGAAAUAGGCACCAUACCAUAUAUUGUUGCUUGUUUUGCUUUUAGAGGAAUAGUUUGUGCUUUAAUUUCUUCAUAUUUUUCCUCCAUGAUUUCGGCAGUCAUUUUGUUUUGAAAGCAAUAGUUACUAUCCCAAGCUGUCUGAACAGUAACUAUUGCCUCAUGGGAGGGAGCCAAUCAGAACGUUUGAAAUCCAUAUUCAAUACUGAAUUUAUUAUAAUACUCUUUAGUAUAAAUUUAGGAAAUCAAAUGAGCUUUCGCGGGUUGUGAUUGGCUGGUUGACUGGUAAUUCUGACGCAAUAGUUUCAAGCAGACUAAUAAAUAAAGCUUUUAAUGCUAAUAAAUAAUACUAUUUCUUUUGAUUUGUCAUCUUUUCAUUGUACUGCAUGGUGUCCUGACGCUGUAUUGUGUUUUGGAAUUGCAAAAUGCAAAUUGUAUUAAAACUUUAUUUCGAGGCAUUCGAGCAAUAUUUAAUAUAUAUCUCAGUCAAUUUUAGCAUUUCCCAGCCAUUUCCUUCACAAAUUAAUGCUCAACAAAAACUAUUUGUCCAUCAUUGUGUUUUUAUUCUAAAACAACUUUGUAAUAAAGCAACAAAGUGACAUGGGAAGCCAUUUUGAAAGUGUCUGCGUACAACAAACACUGCAACACUAAAACAGUAGGCGUCAACUAUAUAAAUAUAUAUAUAUAUAUAUAUAUAUAUAUAUAUAUAUAUAUAUAUAUAUAUAUAUAUAUAUAUAUAUAUAUAUAUAUAUAUAUAUAUAUAUAUAUAUAUAUAUAUAUAUAUAUAUAUGAUAGGAAAUAAAAUAAAUACAUAUUUGAAGUUUAAAUAUAUAUAUAUAUAUAUAUAUAUAUAUAUAUAUAUAUAUAUAUAUAUAUAUAUAUAUAUAUAUAUAUAUAUAUAUAUAUAUAUAUAUAUAUUCUGAGGUUUGGAACAUCAAAGGUAAUUUGUAUUUCUCUAUAGGUUUUGCAUAUGCGUUGUACUUCAGAGGAGAGAAUACUGUUGAGUACGCGAAAUAUGAAAAUAAUACCUGUCGGGUGAGUAUUGUUGCAAUCCAACAUCAUUUUCACACAAUCCUUAGGCCUGCAUGUUUCAUACGUCGCACUAUCGUCGAAUUUGAUUCGGACGAAUUUAAUUGAACGAAUUAAAUGCGACGGUAGUGCAUCGUUUGAAACGGAUUACAUUCGUCUGAUGAAUUACAAUCGUCCAAGACCCUCUGUCCAUCAUGGUCAGAUGGAUACGACUUCUGUAGCGCGUCUUUGUUUCAUUCGACGUGUUAUCGUCGUGUUGAAUUUAAUGCAUAAAUCAUGUUAAAGUUUGUUGCUGUGUUACUGAUAUCGUCAGGGCUGCAAAUAAAUAUUUGACUCGACAGGACAUUCGUCCGAUCACUCUUAAUUUUCGUCGGACAUAUAUACGUCACAAGAUAUUAGAUAUAUGUAAGUCACGAGACAAGUAUGUAUAGCCAUUCCGGGGCAACGUUAAGUAAUUUGCUAGACUGCCUCGUAAAUUUUAUUGCAAAAUGUAAAAUGAGUGAAUUUGCAAUUGGAUUUUGUCACACGAAAAAAAUGUAUAAUGUGAGAAUAUAUUUUUUUGAUCGGACCAUGUCCGAUCAAAAUAACUUUUGCUCGGACAUUUGCCGAAUUUAGUCGGACAUUGUCGAUGUCCGAUAGUAAUUUGCGCCCUGUAUCGUGUUUUUUAUUUCUGCGUAAUGCAUGAUCCCUAGACAUAAAAUUAAUUUGUCGGAAUAAAAUUCGUCGUUUGAAACGAAACCAUUUUAAUGUCAACCAAUGGACGAAUUUAAUAACGAAUUGAAUUCGUCUGAAUUAAAUUCGACGUAUGAAACAGGCCUAUCGGCUUCAUGAGUGUGUUGAUUUAAGCAAGUAUGUCUAGCUAUGUGUAGUAGUUAUUUUUUAAAAUCGGCAGUUAAAAAUGUCCAUCCCGCUCAGGUGGGAUAAAUAAAGCCUUCAAAUGGAUAAUAAUUUAGCCCAAUUGACUGAAAUCAUACUUAGCGGGAAAGCAAGACUAUCUCAUAUGAACAAUAAUUCAAUCCAUAUACGUUAAAUUAACGACAGGCAAACUCACUCAGGUGAGUUCCUUGGUUUGCUAGGCUAAUAUAGACUGUUCCUUAAGGUAAUUUACAUUUACGUAGUCUGCAUGCACUAACUUCUAUGCCCAGCAAUAUCCGUCUGUAUCUUGAUUGGAAAGGUGUGGCGAAAUGUGAACUAUUCUGUUUUAAAAACUUUGAAUUGCAUAUUGUUUGUAGAAACAUCUACUGAAAAAUAAUAUUCUGCUACUUUAUUUAAAUCAUACAAUACAUGUUUGACGCUAAAAUUCAUUGAAGAAACGUGCACCAAAAUACACUUAGCUUUUCAUAUGGCGGGAAAUCGAGCGAAAAUGCCGCCGUGAUCUAAAAAGUAACGUCAGAGUUGUCCCAACAUCGCGACGUUUUGUAUUCCAAUCAACCAUUUGACCGAUCUUAUCGACAUAGGCGGCGGAACUGGAGAAGGGUUUUAGUAUACGUAAUAGCCUGGUUUCGAGUGCAAUUUGGAUAUAACAUGCACGAGUGAGUUUUUCAAAGACCUUAUCUAAAGGAAUUAAGUGUUUUUAUGUUUUUGAAACAAAAAUAUUUAGUCAGUCGAUAAACUGAAAAUCGCCUAUUAAAAAAUCGUCGAAAAGUAUGGUUUCAAAAGCGUUGCCUCAAGCUUAAGUAACGUAAAAAAAUACAAAAAGUAGUUGUGUUAGUUUAAAUGGAUCAUUUAACUGCGUUUAUAUUAUACAUUUAAAUUUUUUUAGAACAUUCCUGUUGAGUUUGAGUUUGUCUUGAUCUUUCGUGUUUUGUUUUGGCUUGCACAACAACGUUAAAAAUGUAUUCUUAAACGACGAUUUCCGUAUAUAUUGUGUUCAGAGCUAUGGUUUCUCGUAAAAAAUACUGGAAUGGGUUUUCUUUUUUGCAAAACCUUUUUUCAACUUAAGUCUCCCUAUAAUUUUUUUUGGAAAACUUUGUUGGAAAAAAUUGUUCGCACACCCUGCAACCUUGCGAAUUUCCUUGCCGCAGGAGUCUGGGACUAGCCAAAAUGCCCUUGUAAAUCCGCCAUUUUGUGGAGACAAAAUUUUUACUGAAAAGAGGAGCAGGCAUUCUAUGUCUUUUGUUUCUAUGGGGAGGACUAAGCCAACCCCAUCUCCAAAAACGGGUAAGAUUCGAACUAUAUACACAGGUGGAUUCGAGAAUAUUAUAAUGUAUUUGAAAGUAUUUGUCAGCAAAUUAUUAUAUAUAAAAUUUAAAUAUUUGAAAUUGUUUUUGCCUGAACAUCAUAUGCUGUGAGGAACGUCGCUGGGGAAGGGGGGUGGCGGGGGGUGACAACUUUCUUGAAAACGUCUUCUCGGUAAAAUAAUGGAUUUGCCGGCAAAUUGUUUACGUUAUUGGGAUAUUCAUUUGCGAGAUAUAUACCCAAUAACCGUACGUUAACUGGAAAUUGAAUCUAAAAAUGUUAUGUCCGGAACCAAACCAAAUUAACUAAUUUGUUUUCCUAACUCUCCCCCUCUCCUACAAUUUUGCAAUUUCGGGAAAUAAAUGUUAAUUAACGACUAAAACCUUGUCGGCAAAUGCGAUACUACCCCACCCCCUGUUUUGCUUCUCCGCGAAAUCCCGCUUUAAUAUAGAAUGUAAUCAUCUGCGCAGACUAGUAAAUGGCCAGAUAAUAUUCUAAAUUUUGAGAUGCGCCUGUAUAUAAAAUGGGCACAUUUACAGAAUAUAUUCAAGAAAGAUAAGUGAAAACUGGUAUGUCUGUUUAAAUUAUAAUGUAAAUAUAAAGUAUCAAAUCCCCCCUCCCCCCCCCCCCCCACCCCUUGUAGGAAAAUAGAUAGGAAUUACGCACCCUCCCAAUAUCUCCCCUCUCUUUGGAUUUGCAAUGUAAAACCAUCUCCACGAGUCUUUUCUAUCAAAGCAAGAUAGCCCCAAAAAUUAAACAUAAAUUUAACAAGGAAAUACACAACAACUUUCUUCGUUGAUCAGUUUUGAUUGCUACCUUGCGCGACUCCCAUCCUACCCAUUUCAAUCACUUAUACCACUAUUUAUGCACUUUACAGGCUGCUGUUCUUGAUAAAGAAUUAAAUGCAAUCACUUCAUGUUUCUGGAUUAAAUCGCAAAAACGUUCGUACCCCGCUGUGUUGUCAUAUGCAGUUCCCGGUGAAGAUAACGAAUUCCUCAUAUAUUUGAAUCCACUAAUUACAUUGAUAAUAAAAGGCCGCGAAUUAAGGUAAGUAAAUCUAGACCUGUUGCUUUCUAUUAAUGAAUGUGUUUUCACCUCUGUUUGUUUGUUUGUUUGCUUGCUUUUUUGCUUGGUUGCUUGUUUGUUUGUUUGCUUGUUUGUUGGGCUGGGUUUGGUUUGGUUUGGUGUGGUUUGGGUUGGGUUGGUUUGGGUAGGGUAGGCUAGGAUAGGGUAGCGUAGGGUUGGGCUGGGUUGGGUUGGGUUGGUUGUGUUGGUUGUGUUUGUUGUGUUGGCUGGUUUGCAUGUUGGUUUGCAUGUUAGUUUUUGGUUUGUAGGUUUGUUUGUUUGUGUUUUGUGUCUAUGUAUGUGUGUGUGUGUGCCUGUAUUUUGGAAUACAAUAAAUGAGCUAAUGUCCCGAAGCUCGAAAUCUCAAAAUAUUUCUUCUCUGUUAAUAAACAAAAAAGUAGUCACAAACAACACUGAAAUAGCUGAAUGUUUAAAACAAAAUAUUUUCCUGAAAUAAGGUGCAAAUUAACAAACAACGUACCGCAAUUUAGCAAUGGGAAAGGUUUUCAUCAAUAUGUGCAAAGAGCUGCCACUGAAACGAUGUUUAUAUUACGCCCAACCACUUCGGAUGAAGUUAUUAAAUUAAUUUCCUCAAUAUCUGAUAAAAAAGCUACUUGUCUAAACCAUAUUCCGUGUAAAAUACUUAAACUCGCUGCACGUAUUGUUUCGAAAUCAUUGUGCGAUAGUUUUAAUUUAUUUAUACAAACAGCAAUAUUUUCUGACGACUGGAAAUGAGCGAAAGUCUCCCCUAUAUACAACGUUGACGCAAAAGAUAAUGUAGGGGAUUGGAAACCAAUUUCGGUUUUAAGUGUGAUUUCUAAGGUUUUCGAGCCAUAGUUUUUGAUCACCUUUACACUUAUUUCAAUGAAAACAACCUGUUACACAAGAGUCAAUCAGGCUUUAUGAAGUGACACCCCUGUAUGACUGCACUAAUAGAUGCCACAUUGAAUGGCUUGCAAAUGUGGAUCAGGGAAAUUUUAAUGCGGUUGUCAACAAGGGCAGAUUUCGUGCUCGACCAAUCAGCGAUGCUGUUUACAUUUUGGCACUCAACUGAUCAUAAUGCAGGAAACAAGAAAUUUACAGCAAGGCGAGCCAGAAUAUAUUGCCGUCUUCGCGGGCUUCCGUGAGAUUAAAUUUUAACUGUUUUAAUUUAAAACCAAAGAUUAUGGUGGAGCACGUUAAAAUCUAAAACUUUGCCGUGGGAAUUUUUAAAUUUCGACCUAGAACUGAAAAUAUCCAGGUUUGAAAUUUUUCCCUAUAUCGCGUAUACGAUUUUGAGUAAUCUAAUUUGACUGCAAUAAAACUAAAAAUGCUAUAUUUUCUCUGCUUUUAAGGUGGUUCGAUACAGUUUUCAAAAAUUCAAGUGUUUAACACUUUGACAUGUUCAAACUACGCAUUUUUAGGAUUUAUUCAGCAGAUAUUGGGUUUUUUAUAUAUUUUGAUAACUCUACUUUCAAAUUAUAUUCGUUUUAGUAACAGAUAGUUCGUUGCUAUGACGACAUACGUGUACGAAAUUGACUCCAAAAUGUCCUAUCGUCUCGUAUAGUUGGAAAAAAAGCAUGGUGACCCCCAAUUUUUUUUCGUGCAUUAUUUUACUUGGACGAAAAGCUAACAAUUAGCAAAAUAUAAAAAAUUUCUGUAAUGCCAUUUUUUGGGAAAAUGCGAAAAUGUCAUAUUCUUCGGUAACAUUUUUUUGGUAUUACAGAAUUUUUUUAUUUUUUGUAUAAUGAAAAUUUUUAGCGGUGCAAUACAGCAUGCAAAAUUUGAACAUAGGUCACCAGACAAAAUAAAGAGAUAUAGCGCAUUGUUUUUCUAAAAUGGAAAAUUCUAAUGACGUCAGCAAUUGACAUAAAACGCUAUAGAACACGCGCAAUGGCGUGAGAUGGCGCGACCAACUGCUCACGUCAGGUCAUUUUGGAAGUUCUUUCAUUUUGUUAAUCAGUUUCCGCGACCUGCGCGUAAAAAUGGUCAACCGGUUUUGAGUUCGCGAUUCUUGAACAGGGUUUUUGUGAUAACUAUAUCGAGCCACCUUAAGUUUUUGUGGGAAAACUUUUUUUGGAAAUUCUUUUGGUCAAUGUUUUAUAUCAAAACCUAGAUGAUAACGCGUUUAUAGCGCUCGAUUUAAAAAAAAUAUAGUCGCACGCUUGCGAUCAUACGGGAAAUCAAUACAAAAAUAUUGUGCGUUCGAUUUUGCAGAUAAUCAGACUCUCUAAACGCGUUAUCUUCUAGGUUAUGAAAUAAUACAUUGAGCAAAAUGAUUCUCAACAAGAGUAAAAAAGAGUUUUUCAACGAAAACGUAAAGCAAAGAAAGAUAGCAAUUUAUUAAUUUUAUUGCAGUCAAAUUAGAUUACUCAAGUUUGUAUACGCGACAUAUGGAAAAAUUUCAAAUAUGGAUAUUUUCCAUUCUAGGUCGAAAUUUAAAAAUGCCCACGGCAAAGUUUUAGAUUUUAAUGUGAUGCAUCGUAAUAUUUUUGUUUUAAAUUAAAAAAGUUAAAAUUGAAUCUUAAGGAAGCCCGAGAAAACGGCAAUAUUUUGUAGCUCGCCUCGGUGUAAAUUUCUCGUUUCCUGCAUUAUGAUUAGCUGAGAGCGAAAAUGUAAACAAAUGCGCUGAUUGGUCGAGGACAAAAUCUGCCCUUGUUGCGGUUGUCUAUAUUGAUCUAGCGAAGGCAUUUGAUACAAUAACUCACGAGAUAUUACUCGAGAAACUCCACAUUUACGGGGUUGAAGCAAAUAGCUUAUCCUGGUUCCAAUCUUAUCUACAAUAUCGCAAACAAAAAUGUUAUGUGAAUGACGUUCUAUGCGACGAACGUAGCAUUAAUUGUGGUGUGCCACAGGGGUCAAUUCUUGCACCAUUAUUGUUUCUCAUAUAUAUGAACGAUCUUCCUCAGUGUUUAAAACAUUCUACAGCUCGAAUGUAGGCUGACGAUACAAACAUAACGACGACAGGAACAUAUCUUCGAGAAUUAGUAACACAUGCUAAUGAUGACUUAAAUAAUAUAAGUGACUGGCUGAAAGCAAACAAACUCAGCCUUAACGUGACCAAAACUGAGUACAUGUUCAUUGGUUCAGAUCAAAAUCUCGACAAGUUAAGGGAUGUGCCACUACUAUUUCUUGAAAACAAAGCUAUAAAAAGGGUCAAAGCAGCCACGUCACGAGCAGUCAGGCACAACGAGCAGACGUGCGAAAUUGAGCUCCGCCUAUAUUCGUAAAAAUGCCUCCUAAAUCAAAACCAAAAUCUCAAAAUAUAACUAACGAUGAUGGCGGUGACGAGUAUAUAUCCUUAUCGACUGUUAAAGAAUUAAUGUCGCAGCAAGAAAAUGCCUUUAAAGUAAUGAUCGACUCUCUGAUUAAAUCUACUACAUCAAGAGUAGAUGGGUUGGUAAAAGAUUUAGCUGAAUUAAAAUACAGCUUAGAAUACUCGCAGAAAGAUAUAGCCUCGCAACAGAAAGAACUUGAUGGAAAUCAAUCCGAGAUUCAAUCAAUGAGCAAUGAAAUAUCAAAUAUGAAGAUGUCCCUUGAUAAGUAUUCUACAAAGACAGUUGAUUUAGAAAACCGAAGUAGAAGAAACAACAUACGAGUAACCGGCAUUCCGGAGAAGCGAAGCGAAACGUGGGAUGACUCGGAGGCAAUGGUUAAAUCUGUCCUUAAAGAGAAGCUAGGGCUAGCAUCUGAGCCUCGCAUCGAAAGAGCGCAUCGCGUCGGUUAUUCUACUAAACGGGAUGGAUCGCCUAGAAAUGCUCCUAGACCGAUUGUAUGUCGUUUGUAUGAUUGGAAAGAGAAGGAACAUGUUCUCAAACAGGCCAGAAUACAUAAGCCGUCUGGUAUUUAUGUAAAUGAUGAUGUUGCCGAAGCCACAAUGGUCAAACGACGUGAACAAAUACAUAAGUUGAAACAAGCAAAGCAGGAAGGGAAGAUUGCUUAUUUUGUCUUGGAUAAACUCAUAAUUAAAGACAAACGAUCUGGAUAA